AUGGAUGUCGACGGGGCGUCGCCCGCACCCCUCAAUCCAGGACCCUCUCCAGCACAGCGGCCGCGCCGCCGCGGCCCGCCGCCGCUGGUGGAGGAGUCGUCUGCGGCGGAGCGGCUGUUCUUGGCGGGCCAGGCCAGGGCGCACCAGCAGCAGCAGCAGGACGACUGGGGGACGCCCGGGGGCGGCGCAAAGGGCGCGGCCGCCAAGCGCAAGCAGCAGCAGCAGCAGCAGCAGCGGACGCCGGGCGGCGGGCAGCAGGGCGAGGGGGCCCAGGGGCAGGGGCAGGGGGGCGAGGAGGGGGCGGCGCUGCCGCCGGUGUCGGCCUACCUGCUGGGUCCCUGUGAAAUGGAGGAGCCGCCUGAGAAGCUUCCGCUGGACGAGGCCGUCGCCCGCUGCAUCGACGCGGCGGCCGGCGGCAGGGUGGAGCUGCGGCAGCGGCUGCUCGCCGGCAUCCUGCUGACUGGGGACGCGGGCGGCACGCGCGGCCUGGCGGGGCUGGUGGAGCGGCGCGUGGCGGCCAUAGUGGCGGCGCAGCCGCUGCAGGGGGUCGGGCUGGCCGCCGUGCAGCCCCCGAUGGUGAACGUGCUGGAGCAGCGGGGCGACCCGCGGCACACCGCCUGGCGCGGCGCCGCGCUCCUUGCCUGCCUGGACAGCACCAGCAGCGGCCGGGACGGCUGGCUGACGCGCCGCCAGUGGGCGCCCGAGUUGGCCGCGGGCGCGGGCGGCGCGCCGCCGGGGCGCGCGGCGGCGGCGGUGAACCGGCACGCGCGGCUGUUCAGCUUCCUGCGGGCGCAGCAGGGCGCGUGA